AUGGCUGCGUCCCCUGGAGGGAUCCCCACCGAGCUGCAAGAGGGCAUCACCGCCUUUCUGGGGACAAAGAAGGUCCUCCUGGUGAUGAGCAUCCAGCUGCAUGUGAAAUCGAAGUAUGAUGACUACAUCUUGGUGCUGACGCCCUGGCGAGCCUACGUGUUGCUGGUGAUGCUGCCGGUGAGGGUUCACAGCAGCUUCAGCUUUCUGGAGGUGAGGGAGAUGACGGUGCAAGAGCCUAGCUUGGUUGUCAUAGAAACGGAUGCAUCAUCUUACGCCUUCCGGUUCAUGUCCUUUGAUGAUCUGGAGCAAGUUGUCAUCCAUGUCACCAUGUCACUUAAGAAGGUCUUUCCAGACUCAUCCCCUGGGACGCUGCUCAAGAACUCCCCCCGCAACCUAUACGAGAGGAUCCGGCGGAUCACAGACUCGCUGGAGGAAAUGCUCCAGAGCAGCCCCGGGCCCUGUGGGGGGUUUUCAGAGACCUACGCUGCUUUAUGCGAUUACAACGGCUUUGCCUUCCGCGAGGAGAUCCAGUGGGAUGUAGAUAACAUCUACCACAGCCAAGAUUGCCGGGAGUUCAACCUGAUGGAUUUCAGCCACCUGGAGAGCCGAGAUGUGGCUCUGAGUGUUGCUGCCUUGUCCUUCAACCUGUGGUUCACCAAGCUCUCCUGCAAGGACUUCAGGCUGACCCAGGAGAUUUCGGAGCAGCUGCUCUACAUGCUCAGCAAAUCGGUGAAGCUGGAGGAGCUGGUGCUGGAAAACAGCGGGUUGAAAGCUGACUUUGUGCAGAGGAUGGCUCAGGCGCUCAGCAACCAUCCCGACUCUGUUCUGCACACCAUCAGCCUUGCUGGCAACCAGCUGGAAGACAGAGGGAUCGUUGCCUUCAGCCGGCAUGUGGAGAAGAGUCCCAAGGGUCUGCAGAGCCUCAGCUUGGCCAGGACGAUGCUCACUGCCAAAGGGAUGAGCACGUUAUGCAAGGCCCUCGUAGAUAACAGAGCAGUCGGAUCCUCCCUCUGGCACUUGGACCUCUCUGGAAACCCUGGCACUCUGGCUGGGAACGACAUCAGUAACCUGCAGACCCUCCUCCGCCAGUGCCACUCGCUUUCCCACCUUAUCCUGGCCGGCACGGACUGCCCUUUGGAUGCUCUCUUUGGAGCCCUGGUCCACAGAUGCCACAGCAGCCUCGUCCAUCUGGAUCUCUCUAAAAACGUGUACUCCCACAAGAGGGCAAAAACCAUCUCCCCUGACAUCAAGGAGUUUUUCAGCCAGGCCUGUGCCCUCAGGCACGUCUCCCUGGCGGGUACCAAGCUGCCAGCAGAUGCUGUAAGGGCAUUGCUGCAAGGGCUGGCAGACAACAAUCACAUCAGUGACCUGCGCCUGGACCUUAGCAACUGCGAGCUGAGAUCAGCGGGGGCCCAAGUUAUCCAGGAUCUCAUCCCCGAUGCCAGCUCCAUCAGUGACCUGGACUUGUCUGACAACGGCUUUGACCCUGAUAUGGUGACGCUGGUGCUCUCCAUUGGCAGAAGCAAGUCCAUUAGGCACGUGUCUCUGGGGAAAAACUUCAACAUCAAAUCCAAAGAGGGGCUGUUGGAUGUCCUGCACCGCAUCGUCCAGCUCACCCAGGAGGAUGACUGUCCUCUCCAGUCCCUGUCUGUGGCCGAAUCACGUCUCAAGCUGGGAACCAACGUCCUGCUGAGUGCCCUGGGCAGUAACACCAGCCUCAUCGCUCUGGACAUCAGUGGCAAUGCCAUGGGGGACACAGGGGCCAAGAUGCUAGCCAAGGCCCUGCAGAUCAACACGAAGCUCAGGACCGUGGUUUGGGACAGGAACAAUACAACCGCCCACGGCCUCCUGGAGGUGGCUCAGGCUUUGGAGAGGAAUUACACCCUCAAGUCAAUGCCCCUGCCGAUGAGCGACGUGGCGCAGGCGUACCGCAGCAACCCUGAGAAAACGGAGGAGGCGGUGCACAAGCUCCAGUCCUGCCUGACGAGGAACCAGCUGCGGCACACACUGCCCACGCAGACCUUCCGGCUGCAGCAGGGCAUCCUCACCACCUCUUCUGAACAGAUGGUGAAUGAGAUCUGCCUGAGCGUGCAGAAGCAUGUUGACAUCCUCAGCGCCUGCCCAGGCAAGGAGGUGGACGCGGACGUCCUCUGUGCGGAGGCGGCUAUCAGAAAUCCCAACCUCUCUGUCAGUAUCCUGCCCCUCUUAUACGAAGUGGGAAAUACCCCGUACCAGAACAGCAAGCUGCAGCACAAGCUGGAGUGUCUCACAGAAGAAGCGUCGCAGACCUGCGGCCAGGAAAUCCAGGCGAUCAUGCAGGCAGUGCUGGACACGGCGCACAGCCUCUGCCCAGACGUGGUGCAGAAGAGUGGGGUGAGGGACCAGCUGAUCAACGCCAUGUCCGAGAAGAUCUACCUCCAGGACCACCUCAACCUCAGCACCGUCCUGGACCAGAUGGUCACAGAUGUCUUCAGCAAGCUGAAUGAAAUCAAGCUGUCAGUCACAGCCGCUGUGGCCGACUGCAUUGUGGAUGCCGUGCUGGGAGACCUGACCAUCGCCCAGUGCAAACUGGCGGAGAGCCUCCCCAAGCAGGGGCUCGACCUCCCGGUGCUGCUGCAGGAGCCGGCUGAGGAUGAUGUCGCUGUGCUGGCGAGGGGCAGGAAUCCUCCGGACCUCACCACGGAGGAGUACAAGAUGGCCCUGCGGAGGAAAAACAAGCAUUUCAGGAGUGUUCGGCCCACGCCAACUGUGAGAA